UUUAAUUUUAAAUUAUUUUUUAAUACUCUUUAACUAAUAUAUUUUAAAAAAUAUAUAUUUUUUAAAGAACGGCUCAAACGGCAAUGUCAUACAGCUCCUAAAACAUGUUUAAUUCCAUCUACUAAAUUCUAAUAUAUCCAAUUUAUAGUAAAAAAAAAUUCAUAAUUAAUUACCUAUCCACAUAAAUUAAUUAUUUGAAAUUGCUUCCACAAUAUUUAUAACGUUGGCAUCACAAUGUGCACAAUUUUUUCACUUUUUUUUUCCAAAAUUUUAUCAUAAAUUUAUUUUAAAAAAUUACAUUGCAGGUAUUGAAGUUGGAGACGAGCCGCUAACUAAUAUUAGGGUGGCUAGCCAUUCUAAUUUAAUUUAUUUUGUACUUGAGUUGGAAAUAACUUCAUAUAAAGUUUUGUUUUAGCGUGUGAUGAUUAGACUAAUUGGUUGAAUUCAGGGGUUUCUUUUGGGUAACCCUUAUACUGAUGUAGGCAUUGACAUGAACGCAAGAAUUCAAUUUGCUCACAGAAUGACACUUUUAUCAGACCAACUUUACAAGUCGACUAAAGAAGAUUGCAAUGGCGAGUACUUUUUCGCCCCAGAUCCAAGCAAUGUAGCUUGUAUUACUAAUCUCCAAGCUGUCAAAAAUUGCCUUGAAAAGAUAUAUCUUCCCAAUGUAUUGGAGCCAAAAUGUUCUGAAUUUCUUUCUUCAAAACCAAUUAAACUAGAGUGGAAUACUCGGGACAGUCAUCUGGAAAAGACUUUUCUUGAUGUUCUUAUUUCAACUGCUUAGCUUCCACAGCCAUGG